GACGGUUGCUUAUUAUCUCGUGCGUCAGUUGUGCUGCAUUUGUCGUGCCCUGUUUGAUUUCUCCUGAAUAUCGCAGACGAUGACUUUUAAAACCCUGUAGUUGGACUGCAUUACCCAAGAUACACCUGUGCUGGUGGGGUUGGGCCACUUGGAAGACAGGUAGGGCGGGUUUCUUUUGUUACCACGCAGGUGCUGUGGGGAGGGAGCGAGAGACCGGAGGCUGUAAGUCAGUACGAACAGGAAAAGGCUGAUGAGAGGAGGACUAGAAAAUAGAGAGGACGGGAGAUAAAGCGACACGUGUGAGCAGCAGGUGGAUUGGACAGCAGACGCAGGAAAGCUUCUUAUUUUUAAAUUGCUGUUUUAUCUAAAGGAAGAUACAGGUUGUUGUUUUUUUUCUUACAUUUUUUUUUGGCAGCCAGCUAAGCAGAACCUGGAGGGACAUGAAGGAUGCCUUGUUUUGCUGUGGGGUCAUUUAGUGGGUCAACAUUUGAGAAGACGCUGCAGAACUGAGACAGAAUGCAGAACCAGUCACUGACCACUGGGACACUUACUCACCUUUUUUGACUGUUUAACUUGCAAACGGGACCAUUUUUACAUGUUGACAAACAAACUGUAACUGGUUCAACAGGCUGCAUGUGAACUAAUAAACAAACCGAGCUUCAGCAGAGAAGGAAGAGAAGUGGAGUUUUAUUAGUUCAUUGUUCUUCCUUUUUAAGCAUAAAGGACAGUGGACGUACACUGUUUUCCUCCAGUUUGCCUCCACCAUGCAGACCCCAACACCUGAGCACGACGACUCCUUUGAUUUCCUGUUCAAGAUCAUCCUGAUCGGAGACUCUAACGUGGGGAAGACCUGUGUUGUCCAGAAUUUCAAGUCGGGCGUCUUCGCAGAGAGACAGCAGAACACCAUCGGGGUGGACUUCACUGUGCGCACUGUGGACAUCGAGGGGAAGAGGGUGAAGAUCCAGGUGUGGGACACAGCAGGUCAGGAGAGGUUUCGCACCAUCACCCAGAGCUAUUACCGCAGCGCUCACGGCGCCAUGAUCGCCUACGACAUCACGCGCCGCGCGACCUUUGACUCCGUGUCCCACUGGAUCAAGGAGGUGGAGCUCUACGGAGCAACCAAUGUGGUGCUGGUGCUCAUAGGUAACAAAAGUGACCUGGAGGAGGAGCGCCAGGUUCUGUUUGAGGAGGCGUGCAACCUGGCGAACGAGAGAGGAAUCCUAGCUGCGCUGGAAACAUCAGCAAAGGAGAGCCAGAAUGUGGAGGAAGCCUUCAUCAUGAUGGCCAAAGAGCUGCUCUAUCGCAAUGGCCACACCGUCCAGCAGGGGGACACACCGCGAGUUCUCCUGCGCGCCAACUCCCGGCCGGUCAAUGGCACCGUUGGUACCUAUGCGCCGCCAGAGAAGAAGUCCUGCUGUUGAUGCAGCAACUGAGAAGUGAAGGACACCUUUUUUAAAUCAUGAACGUGCAUGAUGUGGAUUACUGCGAGCGAGGCCCUCGAGAACCAAAGAAUGUCCGCUUUGAUGAUAUUUAGGCGAUGUCAUGGAAAGAUCGAUGGAUUUUGCUUUGCUAUUGCUUUCUUGACGCGGUGAGAAAGACAGAAUUGUUCAGCUGGUGCUGCAAAGGGAAAAAAAGAAAGUCAAUUCAGUGUUGUCGUAAAGUCACAGAGAGUCGAUCUCUUUGAUAAUCGACUGUGUCUUGCUGGGUUUGUCAUAUUAUGUGUGAAAACAAAUGCAGUGGGACUGGUACCCACUUGGAUUCAGGUCUGCGCUCUAGUGUACAAAAAUCUUAAUUUUAAUUUAAGAACCCAAGCCUUUUCUAGAGCUGUUCACCAACUUCCACUUUUACCUCUUCCUCUUCAACAAACCUAUUCCACUAAAGCACAUUUAAUUCCAUAUCUGAUGUCUGCAUUUACGUUCAAAUUGUUAUUCCUUUCGGGUUUUAUGUUGCGUUGUUAUUGUCAAAAUGUCCCUCAGUGCUUCACUUGGCCAAUACGACUUUAAAUCACAACCUUCUGAUCACUUCACAUGACUUGGUUUCAUGUGUCACAGACGCAUGGAUGACAAAUCAGGAGAAAUCUAGUGUUUAUGGGACCAAGUAAGCCACAGAUACAACCUCUAUAUUGACAUAUUUCUCUAAUUGCGUGUGUUAAACUGUAACUGCAACAGGCUCCCACCAAUAAAACCAUUCAGUGCCUGCA